AGCAAUUCGACACAAGGGACGCACCCGGACGCGACCCCGCACAACGAUGGAGACGAUCCAGCAAAACGAAACGACGAUGCCCUACUACAGCCAGAGCCCCCACGCGAUGCUCAGCUCCUUUGUGACCCUCGGCGACGACGACGAGACGCGCGAUAUUCUGCAGGAGUUGAUGUUCCGGAAGCCGCUCACGAUUCGCGUCCCGACGCCGCUUUUGACGCUGGCACGCGAGAAGGAUCUCUCAUGCAUUCUCGAGGAAGACGAGUAAGAGGCCGAGAAGAAGAGUAGUCGAUAGUCAUAUAAGUAUAAAGUCCCAUCUUGGGAUUCGAGC